CUUCCUGAUGGCUUACUGUACCCAUUUUGUCCCCAAGGCCAUAGGGAGAGGCUAGAGGUAGCUGAUCUAGUCAGAGUUUAAAUGAAACUGAAAUGAAAGUUCACUUCCUCAUUGUGUAUACCUCAUGUGACAAGUUCCAAUUUCUUUUUAAAGUCACUUCAACUGAGGUUUCCUUGUUGCCUCUGAACUCUUUGGAGAGAGCUCACAAACUCAAGGACUCUUACCUUGGGGGCACCUGCUGGUUCUAUCAUAAUGAACAGGCUGGCUUGGGUGCUCUUGGUGUGCUGCUCUGCAAUGGCACAACUGCAUAGAGAUCCUACCCUGGAUCAUCACUGGCAUCUCUGGAAGAAAACCUAUGGCAAGCAGUACGAAGAAAAGACUGAGGAAACAGUACGGCGUCUCAUCUGGGAAAAGAAUCUAAAGUUUGUGACGUUACACAAUCUGGAACAUUCAAUGGGAAUGCAUUCAUAUGAUCUAGGCAUGAACCACCUGGGAGACAUGACCAGUGAAGAAGUAGUGUCUUUGAUGAGUUGCCUGAAAGUUCCCAGCCAGUGGCAGAGAAAUGUUACUUAUAAGUCAAAUCCUAAUCAGAAAUUGCCUGAUUCUGUGGACUGGAGAGAGAAGGGGUGUGUUACUGAAGUGAAAUACCAGGGUUCUUGUGGUUCUUGCUGGGCUUUCAGUGCUGUGGGGGCCCUGGAAGGACAGCUGAAGCUGAUGACAGGAAAGCUGGUAUCUCUCAGUGCACAGAACCUGGUGGAUUGCUCAACUGAAAAAUACAGGAAUAAAGGCUGCAAUGGUGGCUUCAUGACAGAGGCUUUCCAAUACAUCAUUGAUAACAACGGCAUAGACUCAGAAGCUUCCUAUCCUUACAAAGCAACGGAUGAGAAGUGCCAAUAUGACCCAAAAAAUCGUGCUGCCACAUGUUCAAAGUACACUGAACUUCCCUAUGGCAGUGAAGAGGCCCUGAAAGAAGCUGUGGCCAAUAAAGGACCUGUGUCUGUUGGUAUAGAUGCAACUCAUCCUUCUUUCUUCCUCUACAGAAGUGGUAAAAAUUCAGAUAUAUUAUGCUCUUAUUAUAUAUGCUGCCCUUGCACUAAAAGAAAGAAUGCCCUGCCCCAUCACUCCACCUCUGAAAGUUUAGAUGGGUUAAAACAGAAUCCUACAUUUCAUAUAAGUAUUUUAUACCUAGUUCUAGUCAGUAAAGUAAUACUUAUCAAAGCUUAUUAACCCUACAUGCUGCUA